CUAUUAAUAGUUAAGUCCUGCUCCUCCUACUGAAUGAGUUAAUAUUUCUAACAUAUAAAUGUAUCCCUUAUCAAAUGCUUUCUCAGUCAUUCUCAUAUGUAGAUCCAUGCUUUGGAUGACAGCUUGUUCCCAUUGGUGCUUUAUUUUUUUGGAUUUGCUAUAGUGUGUUACCUGUCAUGUUUGUGGCUUAUCUCUGCCUUUGCAAUUCUUUGUGUAAGAAAUUUUCUUUUAGCAAGUCCUUCAGUAGUUGGAGUUUUCUCCUGCUUAGGAUUUAAAAUAAAUAUCAAAACUGAAACCUCUUUAAGUUUUGCUGUGGCUGUCUCGCGUGCUAGGCCUGCUGUACAGAUUGCUUUAUCAAGGCUUCUUUUGAACUGCAGUGACUGCUUCCUAUAAACAGACUUUAAUUUAUGUGGCUUUCACUAUCUGCUCUAGCUGUAUUACCAGUAUCCCACUGCUAGAAGAGUGGUUAAUGCUGCUCUGCACACAGAUUGCAACUGUGAUAAGUCAUUUGCGUGCUCCUAGCUGGAUCAGCGAACUGUGAAUUCCUUAUAUUGUCUCUCAUUUCUGUUUGUGCUAUUGACCUACUCAGGUAGUCACCUGACAGCCGAUGACAUAAGUUGACUGUGCAGUGUUUGGAGUGCUCAUUAGCACGAUGCCUACAUAGCCUGGGAACUGCUGGCCUCUGACAGACCAGGAGAUGUUAUCGGUGUUUAGCAUCUGUUUCGUUUUCAGGCAAACUAAAAAGGCUGUGACUGUUUCUCUUCUGUCAUUUGUGUGGAAAGUGCCACACACGCUCCAGAACAACAACGGCUUUUGCUUGCAUAUUCCAGUGUUUCUUUUGUCAGCGAGUUCAGCAAAGUUGUAAUUCUUCAAGUGCCAGCCCUGAGCUGAGUGAGGAGCCACCAGCAGAGAUGGUAAAAAUGACAAAAUCAAAAACGUUCCAGGCUUACCUGCCAAGCUGUCAUCGAACCUACAGUUGUAUCCACUGCAGAGCCCAUCUCGCCAAUCACGAUGAAUUGAUCUCCAAGUCCUUCCAGGGAAGCCAGGGACGAGCCUACCUCUUCAAUUCUGUGGUAAAUGUGGGCUGUGGUCCAGCAGAGGAGAGAGUUCUUCUGACAGGUUUACAUGCUGUAGCAGAUAUCUAUUGUGAAAACUGUAAAACCACUCUUGGAUGGAAAUAUGAACAUGCUUUUGAGAGCAGUCAGAAAUACAAAGAAGGAAAAUUUAUCAUUGAACUUGCCCACAUGAUAAAAGACAAUGGCUGGGAGUGAACCACAACCUUUUUCUUUCUGUUUGGACUAUAUUCUGUGGAGCAGGCUUUACAAAGACUAAUGCAAAGUAAAGGAAGAGCUUGGCCAGAGUGGCCCUGAGAAUAUCACUGAACUCUGAAACCUCACAAAUGAGUAGUGUAGUGUAAGUGGCUAUUUCAGGCCAUGUUUGCCCUUUCUCCUUGUGUAAGUUCCCUCUUUUUGUACGUGUAUUAUUGUGUGAACAGUUGUUUUGGAACAUUUUGGAUGACCUUUUUCUAAACUCUCUGACUAGAGAAACAGUUCACUAAUUGAAAACAGAUUUUACUGGUUAGCAUCUCUCUCUGACCUCUGCCUUUAAUGCUACUUCUGCUGUGCAUGCUUCUUGCCUAAACACCUACACUCCAGUCCUGUAGAAGUUCUGUACCUGAGCAGUCCAAAAGAAUGUAUGGGAUGGGGUGCUUUUUUAUAUGUAGCAAUUUCUGCUGUGUUUGGCAGUGAAGAGGAUGCAGUAUUGUAGUUAUUAAUUUCUCUUUUCAAUUUGAGUGUACCACAACCUAUGUACAUCUUGUAGGUGAAUUGGUUAAAGGUACAGUGCUCACUAAAAAAUAUUUCAAUUGCACUGACUGAAGUUAGCAGGCCUCAAGUUGAUAGGAAAGGUUAUGCCAGAGGUUUGGUAUCUUAAUGAAAUAACAUAGAUUUUAAAUCAAUAAUGCUAUAGAAUAUGUUCCUUUAAGACCAACAUAUUCCCAAAGGAGUUCGCUGGAUUAAAAAAAAUUAUAAAACUAUAGCUUGCAAGAUUAAAAAGACAGAAAAAUAUAUGCAUCUUCUAUUUUGAAAAAAAAAAUUAGUUGGUAUAUUAGGAAAAAACAAAGUUUUGGUACUGUACCUUUGCCAGUAACAGGGACUUGUGCAUCAGUGAAUUUUAUGGCUGGUUCCAUUUACAUGUAUAGUCCUAAUGCACUGGACAAAGAGGUUGUUGUCAAGGAAACUUGUUGAAGUCUUCUGCUUCUGCUACAUUUGAACAAAAAUAUUUAUUUUUGUGAGAAAUGGCCAGAGCCUAUGACAUGAAAAUUAAUAUAGUACCUGUAGGAAAAGGAGGAGUAAUAAGAGGGAAGGGAAUUUUGACUGGUUUUUUCAUAAAACAAAAUAGCAAGAUAGUUUUUAAAAUUCAGGGGUGGGGAAAAGGGUUUCCUGGUUUGCUGGCUAAAUCAUCCCCAGGUAUCUUUUUAUAAUAAAAAUUUAUAUGAAACUCACCUUCUCUUUUGCUCUCAUGCUGUUUCUUUAAUGGAAUCAGUUAAUGAGAGGAACUUCUGGAAAGUAUAUGCACAGUAUGAGCUGUUGGUAUCUGUAUGCAAACUGAGCAACUGUGAAAGAAACGCUCUACAUAAAUUUGCUAACUUAAUUUUCAAAUUAAACAGUCUCUACAGACUUUUUGUAUUUUAAUCCUUUUAAUGGUUGAGGACAAACUGAUAAAAACCCCUUUAACACUACAUAAGUCCUAUAACUGAACAAUACAGAAGCCUUGCAAUACAAAAUCCCUUUCUCUCAAUAACAAUUCUAAUAUGGUACCUGUGAAAUGAAUCACAUGUGCUGCUGCUGUUCUGCUUUUGGGAAUCUCUCGUAGGCUUUCUGAACUUUGCUGCACUUUAGAAAUUGUCAGACAUAAAGUAUGCCAAUGGGUAGGGGCAAUACGAAUUUUUAAAACCAGCUUUCCAGUGUUUUUGUGGGGAGGAGGAGUGAGAAGAGCAUUCUCCCAGGUGUACAUGUUCUCUGUGAUGCAGGCUGUCUAAACUGCCUGACAGAUGUUGUCAUGAUUGAUACCCGUUAAUUAAAAAUCUAAGAAUUAGAGAAGUAGUUCAAGCUGUUGAGUUUCAGUCCAGAGGCCUGGGGUGGUACAGUUGUACAACCUGGAUUUUGUAGCUUACACAUUGCUACUUUGUGUUCACACACAUCGGGUCUCAUUUUUAACAAUGUCAUUGAUGCAAGAUGGGCUUGGCUGCUGCCUGUCUGCUGCUCUCAUUGACCUGGAAUUCUUGGGAUUUUUUCCACCAUUGCAAUGUAUGUUGCCAACAAGGAGGGCACUAGAAUUUUAUCAGCAAAAAGUUUGGCUUCUAAGUCCUGUUGCAAUGUUGAUACUUGUGAACAGCUUGUGUGAGGUUUGUGUCUUUGGGCUUCUCUUAUUUCCUGGCAACAGACUUGCUGAGGCAGUACACUGGACUGAAGGCAAAAGUAAUGGCUGCUUUUCCAGAGAGAGUUGAAAUUAAAGAAAAUAUGUCAAAUAUUAAAGAUUUUUCUCUCCAAAAUUGGGGGUUUGGCUAGCUCUUGUGAGUAAGGUAAUACAGUCUGUAACACAGUCUUAUUCUUAGAAAUUCAACCUCUCUCUUCAGUGCAUUAUUUAUAUUUCAAAGUGGACAUUUUUCACCAAAACCUUAAUUAACUUUGAUGCCAAAGGUUGGGACUUCAAGUGCUUCGCACAUAGAGCUUCAGACUACUGGCAUAAAGAGUUAAUGACCUAUAUGUGAUGUUUAUGGCUUUUAAGAGAACCAAACAAAGCAAUAUUCUUUUUGGUCUUUUUACUCCUUCUAAGCAUCCACUCUUAAUAAGAGUAGAACUAGUACAGAAUCACAAUUUUAUGCUGCCAUGUAACAAUUCUUGAGGCUCGUUCUUUUGAGGGAAUAUGUGAAUUUUCUUCUCGUGGUGUUUGGCAGCAUCAAUGAUUAUUUUCUCCCCUCAUAAAGAUAUAGAGAAUUCUUGUUACUGGUUUUGGUGAAAGUUGAAUCCAGAUAGCAAUGACUGCUGGCUGAUGUGAAGAGGUCAGUCUGGUCACUGAACCCUUCAGCAGUCAUUUGAAAGAAAAAUAAACUUACUUGAAAAAAAAUUUUACUAAAGCAUUUUCCCUCUAACCAAUUUUUGUAAUAUAUUAAAGAUUAUAUUUAAAGUUUGUAUGUAUUUGCUCUGGGCAAGUUUACUUCCCCUCCAACUUGAGCACUUUUGUUACUUGUGCUGGUUAUUUUUGGUCUUAACAUUUAUUUUGUAUUUUGUUUUUUAUAAAUUGUAACAAAAAGCUUUUGUGAACCUUUGUUUCAUGCUGGCUCUUUCUUGGACCAAAUGAACUGAUUAUGAGCUGGCUUAGAAGAAAUGUUCAUUGGGAUGCAUAGGAAUUUGCUAGCAAAAAUGUACAUGUAUUGAAAGUGUUUUUCCACUAAACCUCUAAAGCCAUGCCUGUCCUAAAGUAAUUAAUCAUAAUUUGGUGUGACUUUAGUAAUCUGACCCCAUACUCUCUGUCUAGGUCCAAAAUAAUGGUUAUAACAAUGGUUUUCCAGGACUGAGCCUGCCUCCAAGCCCCGGAGUUCUUUGGCUGGUUACUUUAAGUACCUUUUUGAUUACUAAAGGCAAUGCUGCCAUGUAUAAAAAUCUUGUCACAUUGUAAACCUGCUGUGAAAUCAGCUGCAGAAUUUGGUGAGGGAUUGCUGACUGCUCAGCCUAACCACUCCUGCUGUAUGUUUUUAGCAGCCUGGUAAUCUCAAUUUCAUCAGCCAGUUGAAAGAGCCAGGAUCUGAUUUCCCUUGUCGGCCAUAAGCUGUACAAUGGCAAACUCUGAAGGAAGAUUGUUACAGCUCCAUCCUAGUGUCCCAGCAGCAAGGCCCAGCAUAAUGACCAGUGUGGGUGGUGUGCCUGUGUGCUUGCAGUCCUUGGGAGAGGAGGGGGAAUAUGGCUCAUGACAUUUCUUAGAGUUAAAACCCGGCCUCAGAGGUUCUGACCAAGUCCCCAGUGCACCCAUAACCAAAGGUCAUGUGUAUUUCCUGCUGGUGGAUCAGUGCAAGAGUUCCCCAAGGCUGGGUGCCAGGGUUGGUGGCUGUGCACUUCCCUCCAAGUACCGCUCGUAGGGCUCCUCCUGCCCGCUCAUCUCAGCAGCCAGAUUGCAGCAGCAGUGACCUCCAGACUCACAGACCAAACUUCAGUCAUCUCCAGCCUUGGAUACUGGCCAUGAGAGGAAGAAGCUGUCAAAUUAUUGUUAAACUUCUUGGACACUUGAUUGGACUUCACUGAGACUCAUGUUAAGCCAACCAGCAGUAUAAACACUUACUGGAAAAGGAACAGAUGCUUCAGAGGUUUCUUUUAAAAGGACUGUUACAAGUGGUUUAAGGUCUAAAGCAUGAGUCAUAAAUGGCAGUUGAGUUGUGCCUCAUUGUUUCUUAAACUCUUUAAAAUGCUUUCUUUUACAGGUGACAUGGCUGUGUUGCUGUUUUGUCCUUGCAAUACUGUACAUCAUUUGUUGUUUCACUAUAUUGUAUCUAUUCGAGGUAUCACAAUAAAAGCUUUCAAUUGUUUUGUUGGGUUA